AUGGUGUCGGCAUUUACGCCUCAGAACAUCUCAGCAUUUGGACCCCUCGUGUUGAUGGCCAUCAUGUACCAACUGGUCGGCCUGUUAUGUACCUUGAUCGUGAGAGAGGUCGUCUAUGUGCCCAGGGAUUUUCGGUGGGGAAUCAUCGUGAUGGGCGUCAUCUCCAACUGGGGUAAUCUCCCAACGGCAGUUGUCCAAACAAUGGCAAAAGAAUCGCCUUUUGAUCCCAGCACCGAUGUUGACCUGGGUGUCGCGUACAUUGCUAUCUUCAUCCUGAUAAUGAACACGACCUUCUUUGCCCUUGGUGUUCACAAGAUCUGUGGCUGGGACUUUAUGGACGACCACAUGCUGGAAGACCCCAUCCCAUUCAAAGAGCGGUGGAGACGAAGGGCCGCCAACGCAACAAGCUUCUAUGGCCGCCUCCGUGGCAAGAACAAGUCGGUCGUGACAGAAGACCCCGAGCUACCACCAUCUCCAGUGCUUUCCCAGGUCACCACCACCGCAGUACCAAGUCGGUGGCGAGACUUGCCAUUGAUGGCAAUCGUGUCAAUGACCGUGAUCAAGAUGAUCAUUGUGCCCGUCUUCGCCAUUUUCGUUGUUCAAGCGUUGCAGAAGCACACCUCGUUGUUCCCUCCUGCCCAGAAAAUCCGCACCUUUGUUGUUAUUCUCCUCUCUGGAACGCCAGCUGCGGCGAACCAGCUCGUAGUCACCCAGCUUCUGAAUCCAGCAGGCACGGCGCAUACUUUGGCCAGCUUCCUGCUCUUGCAAUAUGCGCUUAUGUUCAUUUUGUCAACAGCUCUGGCAGCGAUUGCCUUGUACAUUGUAAAGUGA